AAUCCACAAUCCAUCCACGCAGCUUGUUCUUAUUCUUUAUUUAUAUAUACUCGCUGCUUGCACACAAACAUGUAGUCCGCGACGUUGCCGCUGCUGUCCUUGAUUUCUUCCUACCUGCCCUUCUUUCCUCUCCUUCUCCCCUGGCCCCAGCAAGCUGUACUCUGUCGCACCACCCCUUGGCCACGAUUGCAACUCUGCUCUCACCUUCACCUUCGCUCCACCACCUCUGGGACCUGCGACAGCACCAUGCUCCUGUGUGACCUCCGCUGCAAGCAGAGCACACCCAUCUCACACACAUCAUGUGGCGGAGAAGCUACUUUCUGUUGAUCCUGGUGCGCAUCUACUUCGCCCUGUCUCCCAGCUAUCUCCACCCCGAUGAGAACUUCCAGGGCCCCGAGGUCGUCGCAGGACGCGUCUUCUCCUACCCCGUACACCAGACGUGGGAGUUCACCUCGGACCACCCCAUUCGCAGCACCUACCCGCUCUGGAUCGCAUACGGUUGGCCCAUGUACCUCUUGCGCUGGCUCUGGGAAGGCUUUGGAUAUGGAGACGUCCCUCCAUCCGUCGUAUACUGGACUCUGCGCGUGCUGAUGCUCACGCUGAGCUUCGUGCUGGAAGACUGGGCCAUCCAGGAGCUCGUUCCCUCGCCGCGCACUCGCCGCAUCGCCGUACUUCUCGUCGCCUCGUCCUAUGUCACCUGGACCUUUCAGACACAUACCUUCUCCAACAGCCUCGAGACGCUGCUGGUCAUUUGGAGCCUGGUGCUAAUCCAGCGGAUCGUCCAAGACAAGAAGCGAUCCAGCGUCUUAGCCUCCUCCAUCUUGGGCAUUCUCGCCGUCACGGGCAUCUUCAACCGCAUCACCUUUCCGGCCUUCUUGCUGCUCCCUUCCCUCCGUCUUCUGCCACAUUUCCAGCGCAAGCCAUUCUCCCUCGUCUUCAUCGUCAUCUUCGCGUUGCUCACUGCCUAUAUUGCAAUCAGCGUCGACACUGCCUUCUACACGUCCGAGGAGUUUGCAUUUUCCAAAGUCUUCCAGGGUCCCGUCAUCACUCCUCUCAAUAACUUCCUGUACAACUCUCAGUCUUCAAACCUCGCUCAGCAUGGCAUCCACCCACGCUACCAACACUUCCUCGUCAAUCUUCCCCAGCUUAUCGGCCCUGCCUUCCCUCUUAUCUUCCUCCCCGCUCUCCGCUCCUCCUACAUGAGCCUCCCCAUGCUCUCCGCUCUAUCAGGCGUUGCUCUUCUUAGCGUCUUUCCUCACCAAGAAGCCCGCUUCCUUCUCCCCGCUGUCCCCUUGAUCCUCUCAUCCGUCCGCCUCCCCCGCCCUCCGCACGCAAAGCUUUGGAUAUCGGCAUGGAUCCUGUUCAACGCCGCCCUAGGCGUCCUCAUGGGAGUAUACCAUCAAGGCGGCAUCGUCCCCGUGCAAACCCACAUCGCAAGGACCAACGAAUCCGUCUCCCAUGCCUUCUGGUGGAAGACCUACAGUCCGCCAACCUGGCUCCUGAACGGCAAGAACGAAGAACUCAAAACCAUCGACCUGAUGGGUAUACCGGGCGCACAGAUGCUCAAGCAGCUCGAGACCGCGCUUCCGCACUGCCGGACUCGCCGGCCUCCUUCCAUAGCACACGAAUCCGUGUAUCUUGUUGCGCCUCGGUCGGCAUAUUUCCUGCAGAGGUUUGAAGAUCCGAGGGGCGAGGAGGAGAUAAGGCUCCAGGAGGUGUGGAGCUAUCCCCGGCAUAUCAAUCUGGAUGAUAUGGAUUUUGCGGAAGAUGGAGUAUGGAAGACGUUGGGGAGGGUGGUGGGGGAUAGGGGGUUGGUGAUCUGGCGGGCGACGAGGAAUUGCUGGGGGAAGGCGCAGUCGUGAGGAAAUCAUUUGGUGAUCCUUUGAUCUGAUGGGAGGGUGAUGGUGGGGAAACAGAAAAGACUAUUUGGCGUUUUAUUCUGGGGGAUAUGGCGAUAUCGAGGCUCAUAUAUUCCUGCACUUCUGGGAUGGCUCAUUUUCUGGAGCCUCAGGUUUUCCUUGUUUCCUUUGUCAUUUCUCACUUUUGAUACCCGACACAUUUUUCUGCCUAUGGGAUGAGAUGGCCAGUCAACCGGCCACCUUGAUAAAUCUAAUUUUCUUCGGCUUUUUCGAUGGCGGUGUUACUGAAGACAAGCGACAAGCUGUGGUGAUGAUGAGAGACGUGCGGGAGGGAGAUGUCAAUUAUAGAACUUCCCAUAUACCAAGUGGCCAACUGGCAAAGAGUG